GUCACAUCAUUCUCACGUUCACUUCAACAACAGACACACACUCCUAACUCUCAUUACGUGCAAUCAACUAAAAUCUCUCUCUCUCUCUCUCUCUCUCUCGAUCUCGAAAUGGGUGGAUCGGUGUCAAGUCCUGGUGGGAGCCUAAAGAAGAGUGAGUGUGGUGUUGGGCCAACGAAAAUGCUACUAAAGGUGACCGUGGAGAAUAGCUUGGGAGCAAUUCAGGUGCUGAUGCGCCCCGAAGACACCGUCGCCGAUUUGAUUAAGGCAGUCUUGUCCAUUUAUGCCUACGAGAAGAGAAGACCACCCUUGAAGGACACUCCUCCUCACUCCUACGACCUUCACUACUCUCCCUUCACCCUCCAAAGUUUGAAUCCAAAUGACAAGUUGAAAAACCUCGGUUCAAGAAAUUUCUUUCUCUGUUCGAGACCUCCUACCUUUUAAUUCUGGCUAAUUAACGGACGCCCAUUCAUUCGUUGAUUCAUUCUUGCAUGCAUUUCCCAACAGUUUAUUUUAAUUAUUGCAUAUUUAAUUUCCCUUUGAACUAGCACAUUGUUGCAUUCCUUUUUUACGAUCAUUGUGUAUACUAAUGUAAUCAUAUUGCAAUGUUGGCAUGUCGUCAUGAAACUAUGGACAAACUUCUAGAGAGAGUGCACUUUUCUGUGCUUCCCUUAUUUUAAAUUAUCUUUGUGAGUUUGGUCAAGUUUUGGAUACGUGCGUGGAGGUAUGUCUGAAUACAUCAGGUAAUAAGUACUAUCUAGUAGUGCAACAUUGAAUGGCUUUGUUGUAUAUAUGUGCAUUGCUCCUGUCUUACAGAAUUUAAAAUACAAUAUAGGAGUAAUUUAUUUGAGAGUAUAUGUGUCUAUUAGUAUUUUCGUCCACAUGCACUAGCAGAGUCAAAAUAUUUCUUGCAAGCUUUGAAUCUCAUACUCUCAUCACCACCGAAUGUAACAUCUGGCCAUGAUUGAUUUAUUUUUUUGUCCUGUUGUCUUGUCUUAUUCUUCGUUCCUUCAACCAUUCUAUUCUUUUUUAUUUUUAAGAUUUUUAUACAUACAUCAUAUCGUUAAUAUCGUUAAUUUCUCAAAUAAAAAAUAAAAAAAUAAAAAAAUUUAUUAUUUUUUUGCCAACGAUCCUGCAUUAUCAAUUCAAUACUUUUAGUCUAAUAAUCCAACAAUAUAUUUUUCAUUUACACUUUAACACUUUUAAAUAUUAUUGAUCGGCCAAAAUUAAUAAAUUCUUUGAGUUUCUAGCAUUCCUCCUUCUCUAAUUAGUAAUUACUCAACUAAACGCUUUUCAAUGCGGUUCAUGUAUGUAUAACAAUUUUUGGGACUGAGAGGGGCUAGGAAAAUGGUACACGACAAUAUAAUAAUACUUUGGCCGUGACUACAUUAUUUGACAUUAACAUAGAGAUUAACCAUAUAAUUAAAGCUUGUGAUGAUCUCCGCUUGUAUAAAAGUGAUUUAUUUUAGAAGCAAUUAAUUAUUAUCUUACCUAGAAUAGCACUUGGGUCAAAGUGUGGCCUUUGAUCUUAAUAUUUAUCCACUUAAGGCCAAAAAUAAAAUUGCAACAUAUUUUUGAAGGCAGUUAUGAUAGUAGUGUAUUAGUUUGAAAUAAGAUAGGUUGACCAAAAAGAAACAAUAGUAGGAGUGUUUUGUGUAUGUUGUUUGAUGGGCGGUGUGUUUGUGGGGUGUGGCGUAGAUAUCUGAGAUUGGUGACAGAGACAAAGAGAGAGCUGAGGUUAGAGGCUGAAUGAAUCUGAAAAUUAAGGAGAAACAGGAGAGAGAAGAGAGAUGGGGGACAUAUUAGCGUGGCUCAUCUCCUUCUUGCUCCUCUUUUCCUUACUGGCCCUCCUCAUUUACCAGCUAAUGUGCCUGGCAGACCUGGAAUUCGAUUACAUAAAUGCCUAUGACUCCUCUUCUCGAAUCAACAUGGUGGUCUUACCCGAGUUCAUUAUUCAGGCUCUCCUUACCUCUUUCUACCUUGUUAACUCCCAUUGGAUAUUGACACUUCUGUCUCUUCCUUACCUCUGCUUCAAUCUCCAUUUAUAUAGGCAAAGAAAGCAUUUAGUUGAUGUUACAGAGAUAUUCAACAAUCUGUCCUGGGAAAAGAAGCACCGCCUCCUCAAACUCAUCUAUCUUGUUUUCUCCCUUUUCCUCUCUCUAUUUUGGAUGAUCUACAACUCACUCGAUUGAACGAUACACUUGUUUGUUUCUUGAAAUCCAUGCUCCGGACGAUGGUUGGGUUACUCCAGGAAGAGCAAGUUCAGAGAUUAGCAUGAGCAGCGGGUGGCAUGGCUGUUGAUAUUACCUCAAAUUUCUGCUUUUUGGGGUUUGAUUGCUGUUUGCUUGCCUGCGAGAAAACUGCCUACCACAACCUGGGGAGGAUGUAUAUCAAUGAAUUGAUGAACAUUGUCAUUGCCCUGCACUCGCAACUAACUAACUAACUAACUGCUAAUGGGAGUGCAUAGUAGCUACCUGCUCAGGACUUGCAGCAACCAAUAGACCAACUACUCCGCACUCGCAACUAACUAACUAACUAACUGCUAAUGGGAGUGCAUAGUAGCUACCUGCUCAGGACUUGCAGCAACCAAUAGACCAACUACUCCGCCGCCUACAACACGUCCAUCCGGACUUGCUAAGGAAAUACUCAUGCCACCGGAUCUGCUCCGUGUUCCACCAUUAUCAUUUGGCAUGAAUAAUCCGCUCAAAGACAGAAUUUGAAACCGUCCCUGUUUAACAACACAAUAAUACAGAACCAUCUUUUCAUGAUUCGAAGGUAAAAAACAUAGCAGAAACAGCCAAUGAGUAAGAAGGUGCAAAUGAAUCAAUACUUUUUCAUUGCACUGGUGAUCCAGGUUGCAUAAAUACUCACCUCGUAUGUCAGUGUACCUCCGGAAGAAUCAGGUUGACGAAGUGUCACAAUACAUAUAGCUCGUGGUCCUUGCUGAGAAAACGAUAUUAUCUUCAUGGUAACAUCCUAAUCAGAAUCAAUAAGAAAACCACUAUUUGUCAACAGUGCAUACAUGCUUUCCGUUUUCCAGUUUUAACACCAAGAUAAAUAAUAUAAUUAUGACACUGCCAAGAUAGGAAGUUAUGAAGACGAGUAUGGAAAUAUAAAAAUGCAUUAUUGAUUGCAUCAUAGAAGCUCAGCAUGGUCAAUGAGUAUAGUUGAUACUCACCUCCCCGGAAUUAGCAGUGAUGAUAUGGGGGGUAAAAUUAGCACCGAUUGACGAGCAUCCAACCCACUCGCCUAAAAACAAAGGUCAGAAGUUUCAAAACUUAAUUAAUCAUUUCAGACAUGAAGAUGCUCCUUAUGAAAAUGUAAUUUAAAUUCACAAGGCCGGGUACCAUAAAAAGAAUGUGUAUUUACUAUCUAGACCUGAAGUGCAAUGGAAAUAGGUUGAAGCAAAAUCAUUUAUAUUUAUGACUUAUAUUAAUGCAAGUACCACCAACAUACGAAGCUUAA